GCGCGUGCCCGCGGGGGAGGCAGCCGAGGAGCCAGGCUGCGGCGGCUGUGGGGUUGUGCUCCGCCCUCUCCUCACCGCGGCCGCCGCCGCCGCCGCCGCCGCCCCCGAGCCUCCCUGGGAGGGACCCGUGUGUGUCCCCGCCUGCCGCACUGCCAGUCCGACCCUCGGGCCGCCGCGGAGCACUCGGCCCAGCGCAGCGCGGACCUCGGCAGGUGCGGUGACGAGGCGCCGCGCGGCGCUCCGAGUCCCGAGCCCGCGCGUCCGCGGCCCCGCUGCCCGCGCUCCCGAGGGCCGGCCCCCGACGAGGCGGCCGCCGGCCGGGUGCUCAGCAUGAACCGCGGCCACCGGCACGGGGUGAGCAGCGGCUGCCUGGGCACCAUGGAGGUGAAGAGCAAGUUUGGAGCUGAGUUUCGUCGGUUUUCACUGGAAAGAUCCAAACCCGGAAAAUUUGAGGAGUUUUAUGGACUUUUGCAACAUGUUCACAAGAUACCCAAUGUUGACGUGCUGGUGGGCUACGCUGACAUCCACGGGGACCUGCUGCCCAUAAACAAUGACGACAACUACCACAAAGCAGUUUCCACCGCCAACCCGCUGCUCAGGAUUUUUAUACAGAAGAAGGAAGAAGCUGACUACAGUGCCUUUGGUACAGACACCCUAAUCAGGAAGAAGAACGUGCUGAGCAACGUACUGCGUCCUGACAACCAUAGGAAGAAGCCCCACAUCGUCAUCAGCAUGCCCCAGGACUUCCGCCCGGUGUCAUCCAUCAUAGAUGUGGACAUCCUCCCGGAGACCCACCGAAGGGUCCGUCUGUACAAGUAUGGCACGGAGAAGCCCCUGGGCUUCUACAUCCGCGACGGUUCCAGCGUCCGGGUGACACCACAUGGCUUAGAGAAAGUCCCCGGGAUCUUCAUAUCGAGGCUUGUCCCCGGGGGUCUGGCCCAGAGCACAGGGUUGCUAGCUGUCAAUGACGAAGUGUUAGAAGUAAAUGGUAUAGAGGUGUCAGGGAAGAGCCUGGACCAAGUGACUGACAUGAUGAUAGCCAACAGCCGCAACCUCAUCAUCACUGUGCGGCCAGCUAACCAGAGGAACAACGUGGUCAGGAACAGUCGGACUUCCGGCAGCUCCAGCCAGUCCACCGACAACAGCCUCCUGGGCUACCCGCAGCAGGUGGAAGCCAGCUUUGAGCCAGAGGACCAGGACAGCGAUGAGGACGACAUCAUCAUUGAAGACAGUGGUGAGCCGCAGCAGAUCCCGAAGGCUGCCCCCGAUGCCCAAAGCCUCGAGUCCCUGACGCAGAUAGAACUCAGCUUUGAGUCGGGGCAGAAUGGGUUCUCCCCUCCACAGGACCCGGUGCCUGUGCCCAGCAGCCUGGACACAGAGUUUGAACCCCGUGCUCCGGACCAGAGACUCCUAGAGGAAGACGGAACGAUCAUAACGUUGUGAACUGCCACGUGUGUUUGCCAAGUGCUAUAAAAGUGGCACAAGACUGACACAGGGGACCUCCGGGCCUUGAUGUCCCACGGGCAAGCCUAAAGUGUGGCUGGAUGGGGGUGACUGCCGACAGACUGCAGUGUGCAUGUGUGAGGCCUUUGCUGCAGGGGAGGUGCUGCUCUCUGCAACAUUGGAUGCUCUCCUCCCUGUCUCCCUCCACCUGCUCUGCAGAGGCGAUGUUUGUCCUCUGUGAAGUCUGGUGUCUCCUUCCUUAGUCCGCUGAACCUCACUUCUUGGAUUCCCAACAUGGAUGGAUUCUGACUUUUAAAAAUGUUCCUCAGUUAAUCGUGACAAAUUAUUUUUUCAUGUGCAGUUUUGUUCUGUUUUCCUAUUUUCUAAGACUUUAACUAAAGGCCAUGUUUAGGGGUGCUUCCCACUACCCAGCCCUGGAGCACCCCCUGUUGUCUCCAUCCUGUAGCUUCACAGUUACAGGGUGCCUCAGUCCUACUGACUGCCCUUCACUGUUAACCUCCUCAACCUCCUCACCCCCAGUUCAUUGGAAAUUGUUCCUGUGUGUGUCUGUGUGCAUGUGCGUGUGCGUCUGUGUGUGUGUCUGUGUGCGCACAUGUGUGUGUGUGUGUGUGUGCCUCAGUCCUACUGACUGUCCCUUCACUGUUAACCUCCUCACCCCCAGUCCAUUGGAAAUUGUUCCUGUGUGUGUCUGUGUGCGUGUGCGUGUGCGUGUGUGUGCCUCAGUCCUACUGACUGUCCCUUCACUGUUAACCUCCUCACCCCCAGUCCAUUGGAAAUUGUGUCUGUGUGUGUGUGUGUUUGUGUGUGUGUGUUACAGUUCGUGUGCUCCACACUCUUCCAGUAUACCAGACAGUGUGGAUCAUGUUGAAUAAAAAGGAGCCCAGGUUAAGAGACUAACACACAGGACAAAUGUGCACUUUUUUUAUACAAAAAAUGGAGUUUUUCUUCCUGGGGAUUCUAGGGCGCUGUCUGCACUUCGGGGAGCCUGUGUCAAGUUCACCACCCAAAGGGGUGUUAAUUCUGUGAGUUAUUUAUUCUCUUCUGUGUUCAGGAGGAGGAGACCAGUGGUUGUCCUCCCUCACCCAAUGCCCUUGCAUUGCAUGCACAGGUACCGCGAUCCACAUGUGGACUCAGACUGUCCCGAGUCCCUGAGGCAGACAGUUAUUUAUUACUUAACCUUGUGGUGGGGCAAGUGUGGACACCCCAGUUGUGUACUAUUACAGCAGCAAAGACUCCGAUGACUCCGAGUUGAAGGACCUUUUUUCUCUAUAGUACGAACCGACAGAAAGGAAGCCUUGAUCCCGUGAAGGGAGCUGGACUCAAUGGAUACUGACCAUGUUAUUUGCAGACGCCUAGCCGAGUGACUUUGUGUUCAAUUCACCGCGUUCUUCCUCUCCCACAGCAUCACUUGCUGACAGUGUUCCAGCUUUGACACCGUGAGGGAGUUUUCGCAGUGUGGCUCUCGGGAAGGUACCGUUAGGUAUGGAAGGCUCAGUUGUAUUCACGAGCUAAGUGGCACACAGGCUCAAGAUUGUAAAUCAGACUACUUCCACAUACUACCUCUCUCUUCUCUGUCUCUCUCUCUCUUUUUUUUUUUUUUUAACAGAGUUUUAACAUUAGAAGUUUUCUCUUGGGGAAAAUACUUCAGGGCUUGACUUUUGUACAAGUUUUAACUGUAAAACACAGAUUUAUCUUCCGUCUGAAAAUGGAGAUCAAGGCUGCUGGCGCUUAUUUUAAUUUAAAGGACAGUAGUGUUUGCACCAAGGUCUUACUGGUGCAGUCAGUGAUCCGCAGACAUUCUGUGAGGCCAGAGAGCCUUGGUUAUGGGGGUCCAGUCCCGUUGGCUUGUUCUUAAUGCACCUUAUAACAAGAGUGUAAGCGUUGGCAGCUCAGCGUGCAGUUCUGUUGUCCUGAACGUCGAGCCUCACUGUGAAUUCUGUUCUGUCCUCAGUCAACUAUGUCAACAUGAUGCUGUGCUGUUGUGAACCAUGAAUUUUCUAAUUAAAUUUUACAUGCUAUAACAUGAUUUUUACAUGAAUGAUACUUUGUUUAAACUAUCAAAUGUCAGUAUUUUACUACAAUUUUAUUAUAAAAUGUACAUUAUCACUAAAUGAACUUUGAUUUUAAAAAUCAAGUUAGCUUUAGUUACAUAUUAUUUUUUACAAAUAAAGACGGACUUGUAUAAAGGCUA